UUCAACCGUGGCCUGGAAACCCGUCUUGCACAGAGUGGUCUUCACUUGAUUUCUAUGAGACCACGUCUCUGUUUUGUACGUUGGAUGGCAGCAGAGCUCUUUGACAAGACUUUCGUAGGGCGUGUCUUCAGCCAUAGUCCCGACCCUCGUCCAGGCGCCAUGGGUGCUGCUUUUUCACGAUAAAAGCGUUUGGAAGAGAUCUAUUAUAUAAUUUCUUUAUUCGCGUAACCGCUAUAGCCACCAUUUACUUGACGCUUGCUACUACAAUGCCUUCGAUCCAAGCUUUGACGCUAACUUACGACGCGCUAAAUGAGGAGGGGACCUUUUCAGAGGGAGACACUCUGACUGGAAAAGUAACACUGGCCUUACUGAAGGAGACCACCGUUGAAAGCCUGUUUGUUAAAGCCAAAGGAGACGCUAACACACACUGGACGACAAAGAGCGGCGAUAAAACCUAUACGCAUCGUGAACACAAAAGAUAUUUCAAAUUGAAGCAGUUUUUAAUCCCAGUGAGCUCCAAAGACACUGUAAUGCCCAGAGGAAACCAUGUCUAUAAUUUCAGCUUUAAAAUCCCAUCAGGAAGCAUGCCUUCCUCCUUCAAGUUGGGUCAUUGUACGAUUAUUUACAUGCUGGAAGUCAAGCUGUGCAGGAGCUGGAGGAUGGAUCGAAAAGAAGAACGGGAACUACGUUUUGUCUCCAAGUCCAUUCCAAACCUUCCGUCUCUGAUGUCACCGCAAACUGGGUCAACAAAGAAAUCGGUGGGGCUUUUCUCAAAAGGACAUGCAAACAUGGAAGUCACUAUUGACAGAAAGGCCUAUGCCCCAGGUGACACAGUGGCGAUUGUUGCAAAAGUCAACAAUUCCUCAUCCAGUGACAUGACACCCAAAUUUCGUUUACACCAGGAUAUUGUGUUUCGUGCCCAAGGCAGUACUAAACAUGUCAGCAACACUAUUCUCAAAGUGUCUGACAACUGUGUUACAGCUCAAACACAGAAGACUGUCAGGUGUUCACUGAAGAUUCCUGAUGUGAGACUAUCUAUCGACAACUGUGAACUUAUCUCAGUGGAAUACCGUUUACAGGCGUACCUUGACAUCAGCUUUGCUUUUGAUCCAGAGGUCAUAUUCCAAGUGGUCAUUUUACCUCGAGACUUAGUCCAUGGCCUUCAGUAUGGUGUGGGUGCGGGUUCCUAUCCAGCUGGGGCUGUUGGAGGCCCGAGCAACAGCGAUUUCCCUCCCGCUGCUGUGUCUAUGGGUCCUCAUCAUGCUGAGGCUUUUGGGGGUCCAAGCUACAGUGAUUUCCCUCCCUCUGCUCCGUCUGUGGGUCCCUAUCCUGUAUCCCCACGCUCAGGCAGUCAUAGAUACCCAGGAGUCCAAAGUUAUUCAGCACCACCGCCUGUUUACCCAGGUAACCCACCAGUGUAUGCUGGUCCAUCAGGUGUGCACCCUGCUCAGCCGAGUGGGGGCUACGGGUACCCAGCACCACAGCUGGCUUCUCCAUACGGAUCACCAUUUUCAUCUUCAUCAUCAGUGCUUCAUCCUCCCCCAACAUCUCAUCCUCCUCCUUCUGCCCCAACAUUUCAACCACCCCCAGAGAUCCACCCAUCUCCUCCUCCACCCUUCAGCGUAUCCCCAACUGCUCCUACGUACAACUCGCUGCCUUCUGCACCAGUGAUGAACACAGACUUCCUUUCUCAGUCAGAUGAACCUCCACCAGCAUAUACACUCCUUUUUCCGUCUUCUGCACCUGACAACUCUGAUGCAAAAUAAUAGAAUCUAUGCUUUGUGACCGAAUGAGUGUUAACUAUGAGGUGAAAUACUAAUACAUGUGAUGUGUGAAAUGUGAAAUCCGAUCAAUUAAGUAGUGCCCUUUACACUUUAUUAGUGUUUUUAAGUGAAGUUGAAAUGAGAAGAAAAAACCUAAGACUUUUGCAUUGCAUGUGAAUGCUGCUUUAUUGUCAGUUCAGGUUGCUAAAGGGCUUUGUGCAGCUGUUCAUACCUCAGUCAUCAGCAAACACGUGCCUUGUUCAACUCAAGUGUCUUAGACUGACCUUUUAUUUAUUUUAUUUUUUUAGUGUUAGAAUUAAUACCUAUUCUCAUUACCUCACUCUUCUGUUUGGCUGGUGUUUGAAAGAUUCUGGACAGCAUGUACUGCAGAAGAAGAAAAACAAUCUUUUUAUAUGUUUUUUUUAGUAUUAUCAUUUUAAAGCAAUGAACUAAGAGGCCAAAUGUACAAUUUCUUUAUACUUUCCAGACUGUUGAGUUUAAAGACAGAUAACUCCUUCUAUUUCAUUACACAAUACUUUGCAACCUGAUUUAUUAUAUUCAUUGACUGCCAGUGUUUGGCUGACUUGUAGAUUUCAAUAAAGAAGUGUUAAGAAAAGUU